GUUUCCCUUGUCUCUUUUUCCCGUCAAACUUCAAAGAAAAGGCAACCGUUAACCGUUGGCGCACAAGAACGAUAUCGGGUACUUUAAACGUGCUGUGCGUCCCGUUUCUAUCAGAAAAUAUUCAAAAUUAUACCGUUGUAAAUACAGUAGUGCCUUAAACGUUGUUAUAAAAUGGAGUCGCGCGGGAUAAAUCCUGUGGGGAACAAGGAAAAUCGCAAGCCGGAAAUCUUGAAACCGGGCAUGGCGGUUAAACAAAAAAAACCCUUCGGGUUUUCCAAUAACGACGAAAAGGCUCAUCAAAUGCAGCAAAGACAAGCAAUGCAACCAUUAGGAAGAGAAAUUUCCGAAAAAGAAAACGUUAAAAGCAAAUCAUCGAACAUUCUAAAAGACCAGAAUCAAAAACCGCUCGGGCUCAGCCAGAAGGACAGUUUGAAAAACAUCGUCAAUCCGGUGGUACCUUGUAACCAAUUCAAAUCGUUCAGUGUAUACGAAGACGACAAUGUCCCCCCGACCAAACCGGACAACAAAUCGAGCAAGUCCAUUUACAACGGAACGAACAACGACAGGUUCUACACCAAGAGCGAGCUCGCCCAGCUCGGUCUGAGAAACAACGAGGUUACGGUCAAGAACGAAUACAACCCGUUUCCCACCGCCUGCGUGAAACCCACCAUAGCCGAUCAAUCCCUCUCCGAUUACAAAACCGACGAUAAAAUAGAAGUAGACGAAGACACGAAGACCUCGAAGGUACCGUUCUACUUCGAAGAGGAGUACCAGCAAGACAUAUGGGCGUACCUCAAACAACGAGAAUUACUGAGUCGCCCGAAACCGGAAUACAUGAAGAAGCAACCCGACAUCACCGUGCAGAUGAGAACGAUACUGGUCGAUUGGCUGGUGGAGGUAGCGGAAGAGUACAAAAUGCACACGGAAACCCUCUAUCUCGCCGUGAAUUUCGUAGACAGGUUUCUCAGUUACAUGUCGGUGGUGCGAGCGAAGCUGCAAUUGGUAGGAACGGCGGCCAUGUUUCUUGCAUCGAAAUACGAAGAAAUUUACCCGCCCGAAGUCACCGAGUUCGUUUACAUCACCGAUGACACCUACACUAAACGACAAAUCACUCGAAUGGAGCAUUUGAUAUUGAAAGUAUUAGAAUUCGACGUGUCUAUACCCACUCCUCUAGUGUUCAUUUCUUUGAUGCACAUUAGUAAUAACAUCACCACCCAAACCAAGUUUCUAGCCAUGUACUUGAGCGAAUUGGGUCUGCUAAAGGGAGAAAGUUACUUGGGGUAUCUUCCUUCGGUCGUAGCGGCUUCCGCGAUAGCCCUGGCUAGGCACACAUUGAACGAGGCCGCUUGGUCGUUGAGCUUGGCCCAGACCAGCGGGUACGAAUUGAGGCAGUUAGAGGGGUGUAUAAGGUUUUUGAGCGAGGCGUUCGAGGAGGCGCCGAGUUUGGCGCAGCACGCGAUCCAGGAUAAGUAUAAAUCGAAAACGUAUAGUCACGUGUCGACGUUGCAACCGCGGGCGACGCCGAUCGAUUUUAUCGAGAAUACAUUUUAAUCGGACGCAUUUAAUGUAAGACCUAUUUUAUAUAAUUUUUUAUUAUUUAGCCCUUAUUUUUUCAAUUUUUUGGAAAACCCGUUUUUAAUUAUAAUUUAUAUUUACUAAUUUGCAUGGUUUGAUUUCUUAGAUGGAUUUUAUUACUCUAAGUAUGUACUUUUUCAACAACAAAUUGUCUUGUUUAAGGCUAAAGCUUUUUAGGAUUUUAGUUGAUCCCGAAUCUUCUAAUUUAAUUGUGACACAUUUGCAGAAUCUCUUAUCUUAGGCCAAGCAUUUUGCAUUGUUCAAUUUUAUAUCAUAAAAAUUAAUAUAUGAAACGGAAA